UGUAAAUAUAGCGACUGACAGAAAAUUUGAGGAAUUGGCUAACGUGUCUAUGUACUCUUAUCCUUAUCGGUUUAUUCGGUUAGAUAUAUCUGUUCCAACUGUUACUAGGGUACACCACAAUCGUGUGAGAUAUUAGCGUACAGGACUAAGUUAAAGUGCUCAAUUGUAGCAGACAAUGAUGUCUACAACUUCCGAGGUGGUUUCAUCUCUUAUUUCCGCACCCGGUAUGGAAUACACGCAUACGGCGCACGAGAAUAAUCUACCAUCGGGUACUGCGAAUGCCACCGAAACAAGUAUGAAAACUGCCACGGAUUCGUUGAUGCAGGGAAUUCCAACUGGGGACAGGGAUGUACAAAUUGAGCGUGCCAGCAAUGUUGUUGUAGACCAGGGGAACCGCUUCCAGUCAAGAGAAAAAGGCGUACAAAGGCAGUUUGCACAAAUCUAUUAUGCUAGGUUGGAGAUGCUAAAACGAAGCGUUAAGGAGCGUGCUUUAAAAGAGUGGGGCGAAGAUGCCCCGUUUGUGCAAAGUAUUCUCGGCUUGGAGUUGAAUAAGAAGGCCUGCAUAAUUGGUACGAUAUACAAGGAAAUGACGAUGAAACCAAAUAUUCUACGAGAUCUCGAGGUGGACACAUUCGCUGCUGUACCAGCACCCAAGGACAAGCUCACGGAUGCGACAGAUAAACUAAUUUUAGAAGACCAAGCCGGAAGAAUCAAUCUGAUCGGCAAGAACCUGCCAAUUGACGAUGUUGUUACUGGUGUUGUCGUGGCCUGCUACGGUAUCGAGAAUGCAGACGGAGACUUCUUUGUCACGAGCUAUUGCUUUGCCGAUAUGGCACCCCAGAAGAUGCGAGAGCUGAAACCAGAGCCUGUAGACGGAGAUACAUAUAUAGGUCUUGUGUCUGGGUUGAAUAUCAGUCCGCAGAAUAAGAACCUUUUUCCUGUGCAGAUGAUGGCUGAUUACCUCACCGGCAACCUUGGCAACGAGAACGAAAACUCCGUUGUGUCACGAGUCUCGCAUUUGAUGGUUCUUGGCAAUUCUAUGGGACCUAUGCCAAAGAAAUCAGAGAUACAAGCUUACGUGUCGGACAAGAAUGCCCGUAACAGCUCUGACGAUCAGCACUUUGCAUUGAAAGAAUUGGACUCUAUUUUCUCAGAAAUAACGGCAAAUACACCAAUGAUAGUUUCCCCGGGUGCGCACGACCCCUCCAACUUCUCACUGCCGCAACUGCCGAUGCAUGGGGCUCUGUUUCCCAAUGCAAGCAGACACACUUCAUGGACGUCUGUAUCGAAUCCGUUGGAUGUGAAUAUCGCCGGGAUUGAUAUCCUGGCCACCUCUGGGCAGCCGUUGAAUGAUAUAUACAAAUACUGCAACACAACCGAUCGGUUGAGUAUUAUGGAGAACACACUGCGAUGGCGGCACAUAGCUCCCACAGCGCCCGACACAUUGGCCGUAUACCCCUUCCAAGGCGUCGAUCCGUUCGUGAUGGAGAGUACGCCUCAUGUGUACCUCGCAGGCAACCAACCGGACUUCGAGGAGAGGAUUGUUCGCGGGGCCGAUGGUCAGGAGGUGCAUGUGAUAGCCCUGCCAACAUUUUCCGUAACGCCUGUGCUGGUGCUCAUGAACACGCGGACGUUGCGAUGUCAUCCUGUAUAUUUCAGUGGCCCCGACGACGAUAUUUAAACCCCAUAUCGUAUUAAAUAUUAGAUCAA